UGCUCAGUAUCCGCGGCGCCCAGGAGGAGGAGCCUCCAGACCCCCAGCUGAUGCGGCUGGACAACAUGCUGCUGGCGGAGGGCGUGGCCGGGCCGGAGAAGGGCGGCGGGUCGGCGGCUGCGGCAGCGGCUGCGGCGGCCACCGGCGGAAUCGGCGCCGACAACUCGGCAGAACACUCUGACUACCGGGCCAAGCUGUCGCAGAUCCGGCAAAUUUACCACACAGAGCUGGAGAAGUAUGAACAGGCGUGCAAUGAGUUCACCACCCAUGUGAUGAACCUGCUGAGGGAGCAGUCUCGAACACGACCCAUCUCGCCCAAAGAGAUCGAGCGCAUGGUCAGCAUCAUCCACCGCAAGUUCAGCUCCAUCCAGAUGCAGCUGAAACAGAGCACCUGCGAGGCCGUUAUGAUCCUGCGCUCGCGUUUUCUUGAUGCCAGACGAAAGAGGAGGAACUUCAACAAACAAGCGACAGAGAUCCUAAACGAGUACUUUUACUCCCAUCUCAGUAACCCCUAUCCCAGCGAGGAGGCCAAAGAGGAACUGGCGAAGAAGUGUGGCAUCACAGUGUCACAGGUAUCAAACUGGUUUGGGAACAAGAGAAUCCGAUACAAGAAGAACAUCGGCAAGUUCCAAGAAGAGGCCAACAUGUACGCAGCGAGGACCGCCGUCAACGCGACCAGUGUGUCUGCUCACGGCAGCCAGGCCAACUCCCCUUCAACUCCCAACUCAGCAGGUUCUGCUGGCUCUUUUAACAUGUCAAACUCCGGAGACUUGUUCAUGAGUGUGCAGUCCCUCAAUGGGGACUCGUACCAAGGGGGGCAGGUUGGGGCCAACAUACAAUCCCAGGUGGAUACCCUUCGCCAUGUUAUCAGCCAGACCGGAGGAUACAGUGACAGCCUCGCAGCCAGCCAGAUGUACAGUCCACAGGGCAUCAACACAAACGGCGGCUGGCAAGAUGCUCCGACUCCUUCGUCAGUGACAUCGCCCACAGAAGGACCCGGAAGCGUUCAUUCAGAUACUUCCAACUGAAUAUAUCCAUCUCUACACCUCAUCCACAAAAAGAAAAAAAAAAGAAAAAAAAAACAACAACAUGGACUGACGUUGCUAUUCACAGUAUUAAACAAAGGAAUUCACUGUCCCACAGUUUGGCGAGGUGCUGUGAAAUCCUAACCAGAAAAAGUUUCAAAAAAAAAAAAAAUAUUUCCUCUGCUUAUACCGUUGGACUUUUGGGAUACAAACAAGAAGUUUCACAAUAAAAGUCAAAACAAUAUCGCAAUCAAUGGAGACGUUUGUACAGAUUUCACAUUAUAAUCGGAGGGCUGGGGUUCCUUAUUCACUCGUAAUGUUUUCACUCAUUAUGAUGAAAUGAUAAAGUAAAGAAAUGAAAAAAAAAAAUCAUUGGUUUUAACUGAAAAUACUCCAUUCUACCUCUCAGCCACUAAAAAAAAAAUAAAAAUAAAAACGUAGAAAAAAUGUCAGUGACCAUUAUUUGUUUUGUAAAAAUGAAAACUUUUUGUCUUUGCAAGCAAGAGGCACAUCUUCUUACUUACAUUUUGUUGUCUCUCACCUAUUCUAUGGUACGCCAUUUAGACUUAAAUAUUGCUCAGUUGUUUACAAUGUGUGCUUGAUUAAAAAAAAAGAAAAAAAAAAAAAGUAUGUUCAUCUUCCCUCCCCCCCUGCCUCCCUCUGUCUCCGACGAGUCAAAACCGAGUUCUGUCAGGAGAUUCUUACCUCUAAGGUAACCCUGUGAAGUAUGUUAUCUGUAAAACAAUAAAUAAAUACUUGUCAUCAAAUCAGACAAGCUUGACAUCGUUCAUUAAGAUGCAAGAUAUAUUAAAUUAUUUUACACAUUGUUGGUUUUGGUUCUGCAGCAUAUUGGUAGAGUGACAGUUACAGAAAUGUCUGAUUUACUGACGCAAUAAGAAGAACAAGAAUUGUGUCUGGGUUUUUUUGUUUUUUUUCUGUUGAUCUUUGCUGGACGAGGAGAAAAAAAAACUGUUAACUUGAAUCCUUCCUGGUGUUUUUUUUUCUGUCAUUGAUUUCCACCAUCUCUCUGCAGAAGAAGGGUUUGUUUUGGACAAUGCCAAAAUGCUGAUGUAACCAAAAGAAAACCAAGAAAAGUCUGUUUUUAAUAUAUUACUUCAUCACAUGUUUGCUAUUUCCUUUUUUUUCUUUUUUUUCUACUCAUCUAAGUUUUCUACUUUUUGUUUCUCGGCCGUGGUGCUACAAUCAAGUGAAUAACUCUGCCCCCGUUGAGAGGAAGAGGAAAAAAAAUGGCUUUCUGAGCAAAAGAAAGUUUGUCACGGACGUCUGUAACUGAGUUUGUUUUUCAAUACAUGAAGCCGCAAUCCACUUAAACAGGGAAGUCAUUAUGUUAAUAGAGUUUUACACAGUGGAUCCUUUGCUCCUGAACCUACAGUCCAGAGAGCGUGAAGCUGCUGAUGGCGGUCGUGACAGAAGCAUGUGGAUGUACCUGAACUGGCUGCUGCUGCUCAGCUGAGGACAGUUUGAAGAUGAUGUUACAUUCCACGUUGUUUUUUUUUGCUGAGAUGUGUCCUCUUUGGAGGGCGUUUAUUUACAUAGAAAUCGAUAUAUUAUUCUGCUGGUCCUGCUGUAGAAACCCUAGAAUUGACACCAAAACAAAUAUAGACGUUGGAAUUAACGCUUGUCUCAGUACUAUAUCGGGCUAAUUUGUUUUUUCCCCACUAUACCACAUUUAUGAAGAAAUGUUAACCAUGAAGUAUUAUAGAAGGGACAAAUCAUUAUGUUGAAUAAUGUGUUUUUCGAGCAGUCUAACCUUGUUUAUAGACACUUUUUUUUUUAAUGUUGUGUGGCCUAUUUGUUUUUUGUAUAUUUCUUUUUAUUAUUACUUUCUUUUAAUGCUAUGCUUAAUGUUAGGCUAUUACUUUGGUUGUUUUUUUUCCCCUCUUCUCGUGAAAUAGCUCAUGAACUUUCAACAUGUGUUUAUGUGCACCAUUGUGCUUGACUUGCUUUGUUGGAAAAGAAAAAAAGAGAAAAAAAAAAGAAAAAAAAAAGGGUUUUCAACGCAUUAAAAUGAUAUGUAAUACAGCGCCA